AUGCUCGCCGCGCUGCCCUACUCGGUCUUCAACGCGCGCGACUUUGUGGCGGUGUUUGGCAUCCCGAAGGACAUCGCGGCCGCGCUGGUGGUUCAGAUGGACCUCUCCCUGGGCAGGGGCAUGGAAAGCAUGGUCGAGGCGGAGGGGGCGCCGUGGGACGAGGCCGGCACGCAGAGCGUCAUGGGAAUCGCUCACACCGCCAAGGGGAACGCGCUGCAGGUGUGCGCCUCGCGCCUGGCUGCCGCCUCGGAGACGCUCGAGAUCCUUGCGGCGGGCGGCAAGAGCGAGCGCGCGAGCGCCGCCCUGGCGGUGUGGCGCAAGACGGCCGAGGAGUUCCGCCAUUUUGUCAGAUGCAACCCCACGCUCGAGGACCUCUUCGAAUGA